AUGGCGGUGGUGGAAUCGUUCAUUGGGAAAAAGACAUGGAUACAAGCCACUGGCAACGCGAAUUGCCGGUGCCGCUUCUCCACCGCAAACUAUCGAAGUACCUCCUCCCACUCUGAAUCCCUAUUUCUCCAUCCUCGCAACACCAAGGUUCACACUGCAAUAAGGAGGACUCGCUUCAAAUUGCCUCCAUUACCUUUAGGGAAGUGUUUCUUUAUCUUGGUCGCUCCUGGUGUCGCUACAAUCCUCCCCUUGCCAGACAAGGACUGCCAAGAUGAAGCAGCGAUCAGAUAUAGCAAUUAG